UGUCAAGACCAUAUGACCGAGGAUUUAUCAUUCGAUGCAAAGCAAAAUGUUAACCAACUUAAUAUAACCUAGACACUGUUUUGAUGGUCUCACGCCGUACACAAAUACCGAAAUCUGUUUUUGGAACGACUUUACGUCAUUCUUUGUUAUUCCAUUAAACGUUGUUUGUUGCUUUGCCAACUGUUAUCAACUCAAAUUGACCUUUCCGGUUAUCGUACAAUUGUUUUCGUCCAGAACAGAAGUGAAUCCACUUUCAGUCGUAACAGUUGCACAGAAGUUCCAUAACUACAGUCGAAUUUUGCCAGAGAAACUUCCUAAGGAUUUUGGGUGGAUACUAAACGAGAAAAUAAGAAUGGAAAGCAAUCAUAACACCUAUGUGUCCCCGUUGAGCACACGCUAUGCUAGCAAAGAAAUGCUGUACAUUUUCAGUGAUCAGCACAAAUUUUCCACUUGGCGCAAGUUGUGGAUUAUGCUGGCCAAAGGUAAACAGGAGCUGGGUCUAAAUAUAUCAACCGAACAAAUUGAACAAAUGGAGGCUAAUUGGGACAAGGUGGAUUUCAAGAAAGCUGCUGCAGAAGAACGUUUAACACGUCAUGAUGUAAUGGCCCAUGUUCACGUAUUUGCGGAACAAUGUCCACUAGCUGCACCAAUUAUCCAUUUAGGGGCCACAUCCUGCUAUGUUGGCGACAAUACCGACCUCAUUUCGAUCCGAAGUGCCUUGAAACUUGUGCUGCCGAAGCUCGCACAAGUGAUCCAUUGUUUGACCAGCUUCGCUAAAGAAUAUCGUUCUCUGCCGACACUUGGUUUUACCCAUUUGCAACCAGCUCAGCUGACUACCGUCGGAAAACGGGCAACAUUGUGGAUAUCCGAACUUCUAAUGGAUGAACGGGCAUUGAGUAGAUGUUUGAAUGAUCUACGCUUUCGCGGUGUGAAAGGCACGACCGGAACUCAGGCUUCCUUUUUGCAACUUUUUAACGGCGACGGUGAAAAGGUCAAGGCACUUGAUGAACGCGUUGCUAAAUUGGCUGGAUUCGAUAAGUGCUAUGCGGUGACCGGUCAAACCUACAGUCGAAAGGUUGACCUGGAAAUUGUCAGCGCACUGGCAAGUUUAGGGGCCACCAUCUACAAAUUCGGUUGUGACAUUCGCUUACUGAUGUCUCGGAAAGAGAUCGAGGAACCGUUUGAAUCGACUCAAAUUGGCUCGUCGGCGAUGGCUUACAAACGCAAUCCGAUGAGAUCGGAAAGAUGUUGCUCGCUGGCCAGACAUCUGAUGACACUUCAUGCGAAUGCUGCCAAUACGUUCUCUUCGCAAUGGUUCGAACGAACGUUGGAUGAUUCGGCCAAUCGUAGAAUCACCUUGCCGGAAAGUUUUCUCUGUGCCGAUGCAUUGCUGACGACUAUGCUGAAUAUCACACAAGGCCUGGUCGUUUAUCCGAAAGUAAUUGAACGUAAUAUCAGUUUCGAAUUGCCGUUCAUGGCCACCGAAAAUAUCAUCAUGGCCAUGUGUAAGGAUGGCGGUGAUCGACAGAUUUGUCACGAAAAGAUUAGAGUGCUGUCACACGAAGCCGGCGAGCAAGUCAAACGAUUCGGCCGAGACAAUGAUUUGGUGAGUCGCAUCAAGAACGAUGCCUAUUUUGCACCUAUUCUGCCGCAUCUGGACGAAAUCUUGAACCCGCAAACAUUUAUUGGUCGAGCUCCCGAACAAGUGGACGAAUUUGUGAGAGAAGAAGUUGAACCGAUUUUGGCGAAAUAUGCGGAUGAUGUGUCCAAGAUAACCACUGUCGUUUUGACUAUCUAGAUUUGUAUUAAAUAAACGAGCCGUCAUUAGGCACCCAGUUACUU